UUUGUGUGCCCGGAGGGGCGGUGCAUGUCAUUCUGAUAGUACGCUGAAUAGGAAUCGCCUCAUCCGGGCGGCCCCGUAAAGCAAAACGAACGUACCACACUGCCAGUGGCCGGGCCAACGUUCCCCAGAAUGAACAACGUGUUUCAGGAAGAAGUUGGCGCCUGAAGCCCCGUAUGCGGUUAGCUAGCACGCUAACCGAAAGUAUGAAAGAUACUCCACUGUAGCGAUUUUUCUUUUCGUCGUUAUUAAAGAAUCCCAAAAAUGAACGACACGGAAUUCAGCGUCCCUCUGUCCUCGUUGGCUCUCCUGGUCCCACCGCUCCGGCUGAUGUCGGCAGUGAUGUGGGAAGUGGUUCGCCAGCGCAACAUAAAGCACUAUGGGAAGCUGGAGGAGUUUGUGUCCAUGGUAACAGAUGCAGUGCCUGAACUGAUGAGUAAAAGAGAAGGGAGGCUGCUCUCACUGGGCCUGAGAGCGAGGACAACUCUUGAGCUGUUGCGAUCUGAACACCCUGAAGAUCUCAAGGCUGUCGAGAGUCAUCUCAACCGAAUCCGAACUUCCUGCAUUGAGGAGACCAGUGAUCCUGUAAUUGAGGCACCAGAGGCGAACUUCAUGAAGCUGGUUCAAGGCCUCAUUGAAGACACGGAUGGCAGAGAGCACUUUCUCAAGAACGUGUUUCCAGUGGAGUACGGCCCAGACUUCGACACCGCUCUGGAGACUCUGGUUUGUGAAUUCUUCAGCAGGCUGGAGGAGCUGCUGCCAAUACCAGAUUUCAAACAGACUGCAUCCUGGAUCAGUGCCGCCCCCUCUGUGCUGGAGGAGUGCAUGCAGUGUGUCUCAAACGGAGAUGACCUUAAAUUUCUUCUCCAGAGUAAACAGUGCCACGGGAAGUUGGCUAAAAGCAGUGUUGCUCCGUUUCAGUCAGACGAUCUUCUCAUCCCGUCUCUGUCUCUUCCUCCGUCGCUGGAAGUCGCCAUCGCUUCCCACCCGAGCGCUUGUGACGAUGAAAAUAACGACGUUCCUCAGAUUGUCAUGUUUGAUGAAGAGCUGUCUACGAAUCCUUCCACUUCAACAGACUUCCCCGAAUCCCCAAAAAGGACCAAUAAUAUCCCGUCAUCUCCACGCAGGAGACAGCAGUCAGGGAUGCACAAAUGUCCCGAGUGUGACAAAUGCUUCAAGCAUCACUCCGUCCUCAUCGAGCACCAGAGAGUCCACAGCGGGCUGCAGCCUUACAACUGCUCCGAGUGCGGGAGAGCGUUCAGAACCGCCACGCUGCUGGCCGGUCACAGGCUGCGCAAAUGCAAAAAUGCUGCGUAUCUGUGCAUUAAAUGUGGGAACAGUUUUCCAACCUCACUGGACAAAUUCAGACACCACUGCCCAAAACGGGGCCGUAACUACGACUGCGGGCACUGCGGGAAGAGUUUUCAAAAGUCGAGCAGCUUAAAAGAACACGUGCUGACUCAUGUCCAAAGCCGCCUGUUCAAGUGCAGUCAUUGUGGGGUGGGUUUUUCAGGAAUCGGCGACUUGAAGUACCAUCAGCAGGUAGAUCAUGAAAAGCCUUAUCAGUGUAAGCAGUGUGGGAAGAGCUUUAUCUCCUCCAAGUGUCUGAGCAAACAUCAGCAGCGGCACGAAGAGGUCGGCGAAAUGGAGACCGCCAAGUUAAUGAGCGGAGGGAAACAUAGGAGGAGUGGCUCCGUUCAUCGUACCUCCUCUGCAUCCAUGUCCUCCAGAAAAAGCUCUGUGAAAGCCGUCUACCCGAGAGGACGAGUCACGCAUAAUUGUCCACUGUGUGGAAGGAGCUUUAAGUAUCGCUUUGAGUUUCUGGAGCACCAGAGGUUCCACACUGCCGUGAAGCCUUACAAAUGCUCCCAGUGUGGAAAAGCUUUCCGCACAGAAGCUCACCUCUCCAGACACAGGAAGAGAAAGUGUAAAAACGCCUCCCACAUUUGUACCAAGUGUGGGUGUCAGUUCAGGUCUCUGCACGAGCGUAUGAGACAUCAGUGCGUCCAGCUGCUGACGAAAUACGAGUGCUCUCACUGCGGAAAGACCUUCAAGAUGGCCCACCUGCUGAGGAACCACCAGAUGAGCGAACACCAGCUUCCCUACAGCCCCAACCAUCGCUUCAGGUGCAGAUACUGCGACGAGACGUUCCCCGGCAUCAGCGAGCUCAAGUACCAUCAGAGAGUCGACCAUGAGAAACCGUAUCAGUGUCAGGAAUGUGGCAAGUGCUUCCUGUCUGAAAAAUGCCUGGCCAACCACGAGCUGCGCCACAACGACGACAGACCGGAGAGCUGUCUCGUCUGCGGCCGCGGCUUCAGGAACCGCUACGACCUGAAGCAGCACAUGCGCACUCACACCGGAGAGCGGCCUUACCAGUGCACUCACUGCUCGCAGUGUUUCUCCACAGCAGGAGGCCUGAGGAGCCACACCAGAGUUCACACCGGAGAGAAGCCGCACGUUUGCCCAGACUGUGGAAAGGCUUUCUCCCAGAUGGGCGCAAUGCGCACCCACAGGCUCACCCACACAGGAGAAAGGCCUUUCAAGUGCACCGUGUGCGGCAAAGGUUUCACGAUGGCGCACAAGGUGACGGUUCACAUGCGCGUGCACACGGGCGAGCGGCCGUACGUGUGCUCUCAGUGUGGGAAAGCCUUCUCAGACGGAAGCGUGCUGAAGCAGCACAUGCUGAACCACUCAGGGGUGAGACCAUAUCACUGCCAGCUCUGUCCCAAGACCUACACCUGUCUGAACCACCUGAGGAGGCACCUGAAGAGCCACAACAUGAACUGAGUGAUUUUACACACACGCACGCACACACACACACACACUGCAGUCAGCAGUCAGGCUGCUACAACUGCAAAGGACCAACUAAACUAAGCAAUACACGAAGGACUGAAGAGUGAGAGAAGGAUGCUGUACAGUUGCUUUGAAAUGAAAGACACAGUUUCCUCUUUGCUGUAAAGUAAAUGUAGUCACACUAGCAAAUUUUCAAGGAUGUAAACAUUUAAAGGAAUAGUUCAACAUUUUGGGAAAUGGACUUAUUUGAUUUGUUUCUGUCUGUUAAUAAGCUGGAAGAAAGAGGCGCGUCGCAAAGGUUAGCUUUAUAGCCAGGCACACAUCCCACGACUAGAGGUGCUGAAACGCUUCACGUUGUUUGUGUCUCGGACAAAAAGUUGCUCCUGAAGAGAUUGCAAAGCUACAGCAACCAGCCGAUAAUAGAAAUAACUCUCCAUAGAAAAGAGGGUGUUUCUGUUUGUCGUACAAAAACGGAAUCCGGAAAAGCAAAAAGACAGAUUUUAGUCAGUCAGUUAGCACCGUAACGACACAAUCUGAUGUCAGAAGAACAAAAAUCCAUCGUGCACCAGCAACAAAACGCAAUUACAAAAGAGCUCUAAAGAGCUCAAUGGCUAAAAGAAAAGAAACUUACCUAAUGUAAAAUGUUUGUUUUCAUCUCACUCGCUCUUGACUCGAACUCAUUUGUUUUCUUCCCUCACUUCCGUUUCUUUUCUAUUUCCCUGAGUCCUGCGCUCCAGAGACACGAGUGUGCCCGAGCGGGUAACUUCCACUGGCCGAACGACUGACUCCCGGUUUAGUGCUGUAAAUUUUUAAUGUAUUUUUUCGGUCCUUCAUUUGUUAAAUAUCGUUACACACAGAAAUCUUGCACGCUGAGUCUGCUGCGUUUUAUUGCUGUGAAGCAAAAAUCUGCAGUGUGAGACAAAAGAGUGGACUAUCCCACCUGUUAAAAGUAUUAUAUUAUUUACAUGUUAUCUACAUUUUUACUUCGUGGUCAAAAAAACUCCCCAAAGGCUUUUCGACGGAUGCAGAAAAAAACACAGAAAAUCAAACCUGCUCCAAAAACAUAAACGACAGUCAUUGCGACGUGUUUGUUUUUAAACAUUCGACAAUUUUGGGCUAAAAAUCCCAACAGACUUUUUCUGCAAAGGCCUUAACUCAACGUGAACAUGAAUAAGUCUGUUUUACAAAAUGUGGAACUAUUCUUUAACAUCAGCACAAGCUCGUUCUCAUUCCCCACCAGGCUUUCCCUUGAGCUUUUUUUAUUUGUACAUCGUUUCUGAAGCAUGGAUACGUUUGGAUGUUAUUCUGGACAUUAUUUCGAUGAGAUGUUGUCCAGAAGCUGUAAUAUUGGUGAGAAUAUAUUUUUGGAAAGGCCUCGAUAGUGAUUGAAAUCUGUAAAUAUGCCGACAGACAAAUAUUGUGAGAGUGCAAAGUUUUGUUUCAACAUGACAUCACUUUAUUCCCAAAGGCCUUUUAUACCCCACCCCCCCCACCCCCUCCCCAGCUUUGGUUUGCAAAAU